AUUUUUUUAUUUUUCACUCGAUCUCACUGACUCACUCCACACUGGUCAGUCUAUAACUAAGUAUUCCUCCCGCCAAACACAAACUUCAUUCAAUUCCCUCAUUUCAAAAACCCUAAAAACUAAGUAAAACCCUCUGUAGUCUGAACUCUCUCCUCCUCCACUUCCUCAACGUCGUCGUUUCCCUUCUGAAAACCCUAGUCUCUCAAAGAUGAGCUACGCCGCCUACAAGAUGAUGCACUAUCCAACUGGAAUCGAGACCUGCGGUUCCGGCUUCAUCACCCAGUCUCGCGCCGACUUCACUUCUCGCAUCCCUCCGAUCACCUCCACCGACGGCCUCGACGCCGACUGGCCUCCGCGCCGCCACGACUUGGGCCCAAUCCCUAACCUCGUCGUCACCGCCGCCAAUGUCCUCGAGCUCUACAUUGUUCGAGUCCAAGAAGACGCGGCCGCCACCGCCACCAGGGACUCCUCCGCCAGGGCUUCAGUCGAACCUAUGCGCGGCGGCCUCAUGGAUGGCCUCGCCGGCGCCUCGCUGGAACUCGUUUGUCAUUAUAGGUUACACGCCAAUGUUGAAAGCAUGGCGGUUUUGACCGUUGGAGGUGGCGAUGGCUCUAGGAGAAGAGACUCUAUUAUCUUAGCCUUUCGCGAUGCGAAGAUUUCUGUUCUCGAAUUCGACGAUUCGAUCCAUGGACUUCGUACAAGCUCUAUGCAUUGCUUUGAGGGUCCCGAGUGGCUUCAUUUGAAAAGAGGUAGAGAAUCAUUUGCAAGAGGCCCAUUGGUGAAGGUUGAUCCUCAAGGGAGGUGUGGUGGUGUUCUUGUUUUUGAGUUGCAAAUGAUAAUUCUUAAGGCAGCCCAGGCUGGUUCUGGUUUAGUUGGGGAUGACGAUGCUUUAAGUUCAGGAGGUGCUGUUUCUGCUCGAAUUGAGUCCUCAUACAUAAUUAAUCUACGAGAUUUAGGCAUGAAGCAUGUAAAAGACUAUAUAUUUGUACACGGUUAUAUUGAGCCUGUGAUGGUAAUCCUUCAUGAGCGGGAGCUUACUUGGGCUGGGCGUGUCUCAUGGAAGCACCAUACUUGCAUGAUUUCUGCACUCAGUAUCAGCACAACAAUGAAGCAGCAUCCUCUCAUAUGGUCAGCCGUUAAUCUCCCUCAUGAUGCAUACAAGCUACUUGCGGUCCCAUCACCUAUUGGUGGUGUUCUUGUGAUUGGUGCAAAUUCUAUUCAUUAUCAUAGUCAGUCAGCCUCAUGUGCAUUGGCUUUGAACAAUUAUGCUGUUCCUGUUGACAACAGUCAGGAAAUGCCUAGAUCAAGUUUCAGCGUGGAGCUUGAUGCUGCCAACACAACUUGGUUAUUGACUGAUGUGGCCUUGCUGUCAACAAAAACUGGGGAGCUGCUUUUGCUGAACCUUGUUUAUGAUGGCCGGGUUGUUCAGAGACUUGAUCUUUCAAAAUCUAAAGCUUCAGUGCUUACAUCGGGGAUUACAACAAUUGGGAAUUCAUUAUUUUUUCUGGGAAGUCGGUUGGGAGACAGUUUACUUGUGCAAUUUACUUGUGGAUUGGGUGGCUCGAUGCUGUCAUCUGGUCUAAAGGAAGAGGUUGGAGAUAUUGAAGGUGAUUCCCCUCAAGUGAAGCGAUUGCGAAUGUCAUCUUCUGAUGCUUUGCAAGAUAUGAUUAGUGGUGAGGAGCUCUCCUUAUAUGCGUCAGCUCCAAAUAAUGCAGAUUCAGCACAGAAAACCUUCUCGUUUGCUGUGAGGGAUUCAUUGAUUAAUGUUGGUCCCUUGAAGGACUUCUCAUAUGGUUUAAGGAUGAAUGCGGAUGCAAAUGCAACUGGACUUGCCAAACAAAGUAACUAUGAACUGGUGUGCUGUUCUGGUCAUGGAAAGAAUGGUGCUCUCUGUGUUCUUCGACAGUCAAUUCGCCCAGAAAUGAUUACUGAGGUUGAACUACCAGGUUGCAAAGGAAUUUGGACUGUCUACCACAAGAAUGCUCGUGGUCAUAAUGCAGAUUUUUCUAAAAUGGCUGCUGAUGAGAAUGAGUAUCAUGCAUAUCUGAUUAUUAGUCUUGAGGCUCGUACAAUGGUACUUGAAACAGCUGAUCUUCUUACUGAAGUAACUGAAAGUGUUGAUUAUUUUGUGCAAGGAAGAACAGUUGCUGCAGGGAAUUUAUUUGGAAGGCGUCGAGUUGUCCAGGUCUUUGAACGUGGUGCUCGAGUUUUAGAUGGUUCUUUUAUGACUCAAGAGCUAAACUUUGGAGCUCCAAACUCUGAAUCUGGUUCUGGGUCUGGAUCUGGUUCUGAGAGUUCCACAGUGUUGUCUGUUUCUAUUGCUGACCCGUAUGUAUUACUGUGCAUGACUGAUGGAAGUAUCCGGCUCCUUGUUGGAGAUCCUUCUACUUGCAUGAUUUCCAUAUACACUCCAUCUUCUUUUGAGAUCUUAAAGAAAUCAGUAUCUGCCUGUACGCUGUAUCAUGAUAAAGGACCUGAGCCAUGGCUCCGGAAAACAAGUACUGAUGCAUGGCUUUCUACAGGCAUAAGUGAGGCCAUUGAUGGGGCUGAUGGUGCACCACAUGAUCAGGGUGAUAUAUAUUGUGUUGUUUGUUAUGAAAAUGGUGCACUUGAAAUUUUUGAUGUGCCUAGUUUUAAUUGUGUUUUUUCUGCGGAUAAGUUUAUGUCUGGAAAGACCCUCCUUGUUGAUUCCUUUAUGCAAGAGCAAGCCAAAGAUGUUGAAGUGACAAACAAAAGUUCUGAAGAAGUGAUUGGCCAAGGCAGGAAAGAAAGUUCACAGAACAUGAAGGUUGUUGAGUUGGCCAUGCAUAGAUGGGCAGGACAGUAUAGCCGCCCUUUCCUUUUUGGGAUAUUGACCGAUGGAACUAUUCUUUGCUACCAUGCUUACUUAUAUGAAGGCGUAGAGAAUACAUCUAAAAUUGAUAGUUCAGUUUCUGUACAAAAUUCUGGUGGUCUAAGCAGCAUUAGUGCUUCUAGGCUUAGAAAUUUGAGAUUUGUGCGUGUCCCCUUGGACACUUAUGCAAGGGAGGAGACAUCAAGUGAAUCACCAUGCCAAAGAAUUACCAUUUUCAAGAAUAUUGGUGGCCACCAAGGCUUGUUUCUUUCUGGAUCAAGACCAGCGUGGUUUAUGGUAUUCAGAGAACGGCUUCGAGUUCAUCCACAGCUUUGUGAUGGAUCUAUAGUUGCCUUCACUGUUCUUCACAAUGUGAAUUGCAAUCAUGGGCUCAUAUACGUUACAUCACAGGGUAUUUUGAAAAUUUGCCAACUGCCAUCAGUAUCAAGCUAUGACAACUAUUGGCCAGUACAAAAGAUUCCACUAAAAGGCACUCCGCAUCAGGUCACUUACCUCGCUGAGAAGAAUUUAUACCCUCUUAUAGUUUCAGUUCCUGUUCAUAAGUCAUUGAAUCAAGUUCUUUCAACUCUGGUUGAUCAAGAAGUUGGCCAUCAGGUUGAAAAUCUUAAUUUGGGUUCUGAUGAACUGCACCAAACUUACACUUUAGAUGAAUUCGAGGUCCGCAUUCUGGAACCAGAAAAGUCUGGUGGCCCUUGGCAAACUAAAGCUACAAUUCCAAUGCAGAGUUCUGAAAAUGCUCUAACCGUGCGAGUGGUUACCCUGUUGAAUACAACCACUAAAGAGAAUGAAACACUUUUGGCCAUUGGGACUGGCUAUGUGCAAGGGGAAGAUGUUGCUGCAAGAGGACGUGUGCUUUUAUUUUCUGUUGGGAAAAAUACUGAUAAUCCUCAAAACUUGGUUUCAGAGGUUUACUCAAAGGAAUUGAAGGGUGCUAUAUCUGCUUUAGCCUCUCUUCAAGGCCAUCUGUUGAUAGCUUCUGGUCCUAAAAUUAUUUUACACAAGUGGACUGGUACUGAGUUGAAUGGCGUUGCUUUUUUUGAUGCUCCUCCAUUAUAUGUCGUCAGCUUAAAUAUUGUCAAGAAUUUUAUCCUCCUUGGUGACAUUCACAAAAGCAUAUACUUUCUUAGCUGGAAGGAACAAGGAGCUCAACUUAGCUUAUUAGCUAAGGAUUUUGGCUCCCUUGAUUGUUUUGCAACCGAGUUUUUAAUUGAUGGAAGUACCUUGAGCCUCACAGUUUCAGAUGAUCAGAAGAACAUUCAGAUAUUUUAUUAUGCACCAAAGAUGUCAGAGAGUUGGAAGGGACAGAAGCUUCUUUCAAGGGCUGAGUUCCAUGUUGGUGCUCAUGUAACUAAGUUCUUGCGGUUGCAGAUGCUUUCUGCUUCAUCUGAUCGAACUGGUGCAGCUCCAGGCUCAGAUAAAACCAAUCGCUUUGCUUUAUUAUUUGGUACCCUGGAUGGCAGCAUUGGUUGUAUUGCACCUCUUGAUGAGCUCACAUUUCGUAGGCUACAGUCAUUACAAAGAAAACUUGUUGACGCUGUUGCCCAUGUUGCUGGCCUAAAUCCAAAAUCUUUCCGCCAGUUUCGCUCAAAUGGAAAGGCUCAUCGGCCUGGCCCUGAUAGCAUAGUUGACUGUGAGCUGCUAUGCCAUUAUGAGAUGCUUCCAUUGGAGGAACAGCUUGAAAUUGCCAAUCAGAUUGGAACAACUCGUUCACAAAUUCUCUCAAAUUUGACUGACCUCUCUUUGGGAACGAGCUUCUUGUGAUUUCAGCCAAUCUGAAGGGGUUAUGGGAGUAAGGAUUCCCUUGAAUGCUUGGGCAGCCUGAAUUAAACACUUUGUAAUAUUCAGCCAUGUUCAUUACAGCAAUUGCAUGGCCAUUUUUAAGGGCUCAGUUGAAUCAGCCUUAUCUGUAGUUAACAAUGGAGAAAAAGGAGGGAGCAAGGCAGCAAAAAAGGUUGUUGCUUCAUUGUUAUGCAUCAAAUAUGAUAUGCUGUUGAAUUGAUGCUCCAAGCAUAGACUGGGCACUAGUUUCACAUAACGAGAAUUGUCGCUUAAAAAUGUUUUAACAUUGAAGUGAGGAGAUUGGGAGGGGAAAGGAAGAAAUAUAAGUUGCUUAAUUAUGUAGCAUUAAACCGUCAAAUGCCAAUGUUGUACAUUGUAGAAGGGUGAAGGAAGCAAAAGACAGUUGCUUCAUUGUUGUACAUUAAUGUGGUAUAUACCAUUAAACUCUUGUCACAACCAAUGAUUGGACAUUGUUUCCAUUAAUGAGAACUGUCAAUUAAUAAUGCUGUUUA